GGCCCUGGCGGUGAUCAUUGAGCUCCCGGGAGACUCCAUGGAGAGGGAAUGACAUGAAAUAGGACUUCAGACCGGAUCAUGGCGGCGCCUCUCGGGCGGGACACCUUACCUGAACACUGGUGUUACGGUGUCUGCGCGGACGGCAGAGUCUUCUUCAUCAACGAUGAGACGCGGACUACUACCUGGCUGCAUCCUCGCUCCGGUGAACCGGUAAACUCCGGACACAUGAUCCGCUCAGACCUACCUCGGGGAUGGGAGGAAGGUUAUACGGACGAAGGGGCCAGUUUCUUCAUCAAUCAUAACCAGAGGACCACAUCGUUUCGCCAUCCUAUGAGCGGACAGAUUUCUACAGAGAACUUGGAUUUUAUCCUCCACGAGCCGCCUCAGGGUGUUCGUAUGAUGUCCAAACACACGGGCGAGCAGCUGUCCAGCACCACCGUCAGCGAGGCCUCCACUGCCAUCACCUCGUCCACGGUGGACACAACGCCUGCCUCCAAGGGCUCUCGCUCCAGCGGCAAAGUGCACAGCUUUGGGAAAAGAGAUCAGGCCAUUAAAAGGAAUCCAAAUGUCCCUGUGGUGGUCCGAGGAUGGCUCUACAAACAGGACAGCUCUGGGAUGCGUCUCUGGAAGAGGAAGUGGUUCGUCUUGGCUGAUUUCUGUCUCUUCUACUACAAAGACAGCAGAGAGGAGUCGGUGCUCGGCAGUAUCCCUCUGCCCAGCUAUGUCAUUUCACCCGUGGGACCUGAGGAUCACAUCAGCCGCAAGUAUGCCUUUAAGGCUAGCCACACUGGUAUGCGCUCGUACAUUUACAAGCAGAGCUCUGUGAUUGGCUCGCAGGCGGAACACACAGGGAUGCGGACGUAUUACUUCAGCGCCGACACACAGGAGGAUAUGACCACCUGGCUGAGGGCCAUGAACCAGGCCACCAUGAUGCAGAAGCACCCGGACACACUCAUCAGACCGUCUGAAAAUUUUGAGAACUUGCAAACGAUGCAGCAACACGCUGUCCCACAGACGAACCACGUAAACAACCACAAGUCCAAAACGCCAGACUCUGACACCAUCAGACCCAUUGUCCACGAGGUUCUCCUGGAGCCGAUCCACCGCGAUGCAGACGACCGCUGCAGCUUCCACAAAGACUCUCCUGCCACCGCCAUGUUAGGAAGCACACCCCUGGAAAUGGACACACACACCUCCCUCCCCUCUAAUCUCGCCCCCUUCGCCCUCCCGCUGUCAGACCACGUGUCGGCUUCAGCGCCCGUGUCCAGGGUUCCAUCUAGGGCACCGUCAAGGGCCGCCUCCACACUGCCCUCCAGUGUCUGUACGAGGAACGGCCUCGUGUCCACGCCCAGCCCCAUCCUGGAGCCGAACGGGAUAGCUGCCGGGACCUAUCAGAGGGCCCCCCCAGCGCCCACUGCUGACACACACAAACCGGUGCACAGGAGGAGCACUCUGGAGCAGGUGGAGCAGUGGGUCCAUGUCCAGAAGGCUGAGCACAAAGGCCCCCCCUCCAGAGAGAACACCCUCCCCCGUCGCACACCACCAACCCAGCACAAGUUCACCUCCAUGGACUCCUACCAGACACUGCCAAAGACCCCUCGCCAGAGCCCCCUCCCCGCUCGACUCGGCGAGUACAAGUACGCCCAAGACCGCCUCAGCCACUUCCGCCUCACCCCAGAGCAGGGAGGCCCGGCGGCCAACACCGUGUGGCAGCUGUACGAGUGGCAGCAGCGACAUCAGUACCGCCACGGCAGCCCCACGGCGCCACUCUACACCCCGGCCCCGGAUUACCCGUUCGGCCCUCGCCCACCUUCCACUGUGCCACCCACUGCAGCUAAGUCUGAAGGUGGGCCCCGGUGUGUGUCAGUACCACCUUCGUCCGCAGACAUCCCUCCACCUGGUCUUCCACCCGGGAGCAGCAGAACCCUGUCGCCCACUCGCAGGCCGCACACGCCGGCUGGGCGGGUGACAGUCAGACCUGUGGGUGAUCGCUCAGUGGUGGACAUCCCCUUCACCAUCUCCCCCCGCAGGAGCAAAUCUCAGAUGCUCAAGGCUGCUACUAUUGACAGACGGUCAAUGCCUCCAUCUGGCUACAUGACACACACAGUCAGUGCUCCCAGCCUCCACGGCAAAACGCCCGAGGAGCUCACCCUGUUCCUCAUUCAGCUGCGCCGGCAUCAGGCCAAGAUGGCCUCUGCCCGUCACCACACCUUAGCCCAGCUCCAGCGACUCAACGGCCCCAAAGAGCCCCUCCACAACAACCACCUCCUCUCUGCUAGCACCACCUCUAGCACCAGCCCCCUCCUCAGCUCUGGCCCGUCUCCCGUGUCCCGCCUCGGACAUGUGAGCCUCUCAGCUGCUCUGGGCUCUUGCAACACCCAGGCUGAUGACACCUACAUGCAGCUGAAGAAGGACUUGGAGUAUCUGGACCUAAAGAUCAGAGCUCUAGAGCCCCUGAUCCUCGCAGUUCACAGUUUACUACUACACUGCACUGCUGGGCCUCUCAGGCCUCUAAUGAACGUAGCUGGAAGUCAGAUGCUGAAGGAGUCGGGGAAAGCUGUCAAGGUUGCAGAAAGUGAUGUGGAUGUGAAGUUGAGCCGCUUGUGCGAGCAGGACAAGAUACUGAAGGAUCUGGAGGCGAGGAUCAGCUCCCUGAAGGACGACAAGGACAAGCUGGAGAGUGUUCUGGAUCUGUCCCACCAGCAGAUGGAGCAGUACCAGGAGCAGCCGGCCCACGCCAACAAGAUCGCCUACCAGCAGAGGCUGCUGCAGGAGGACCUGGUCACCAUCAGGGCCCAGAUAUCACGCCUCUCCACGGAGAUGGCACUCGCCUGGGAGGAGUACAGCCGACUGGAGCGAUCAGUGGAGCAGCUGAGGAUGGUGCUGCAGGCACACAUGAACCACAGCGCCACCCACCAGCAGGAGAAAGCUGAUAUGAAGCGCGAGCUGUGGAGGAUCGAGGACGUGAUGGCAGGACUGAGUGCCAGCAAAACCAACUACAAGAUCACCAUCGACUCUGUCCAGAACCCAGAGAGGAAAUUAGUGCCUUCAGUGUCAGACUCGGCAGUGCCUUCUCCAAUCACGGAGGUCCAGCCUCCUCCUCGCAGCUCCAUCCCCACCAUCCUCUCCUACACUUUGCCUCACAGCACCGUGCCAAAGUGGGCAGAGGAAAGCGCCCCUCCCAGGCCACCACUGCCUCGCCUCUACGACUACGAGGAGACGCCCCCUGUGGUGCCGCCUCUCCCCAAAGAGGCCUCGGUCAUCCGCCACAUGUCUGUGCGCGGGCUCAAACGCCAAUCAGAUGAAAGGAAAAGGGACCGGGAGAGCGGGCAGUAUGUCAUCAAUGGAGACUGUAAGCCUGACUUGCGGUCGUACUUGAGUGAACCAGAGCUGCCAGCGAUGAGCCACCACAGCGCCGGGUCUGAUGCUGACUACCAGUAUUUCCAAAGCCAAGGUCUGUCAGGUUCCUCAUCGCGGCUGAACCAGUCCAACUACAUCUCGUCCUAUGUCACCCUGAGGAGAGGUCCAGGAAGCUCUGCAGCCAGGUCUCACCAGGAGAGACCAAAGAGUGCCUUUGAGCGUCUGUCAUCGCCCACUGAAGCCCCGCAGCUCCCGGGCGCCCAGCCCCCAGGGAGAAUGACGGCGGAGGAGCAGCUGGAGCGGAUGAAGCGCCACCAGAGGUUGCUAGUCCGCGAGCGCAAGAGGAACCUCAGCCAGGGCGAACGUUCCUGCACGGGCCUUUCCACCUCCACCGUCACCACCCAGCGCUCCUCCUCCUCCUCCAGGCUGCCCUCCAACACAUCCGACCCUCCGGCCUCCGUGUUUGAUUGGCAGGCGGAACGACCUGUUGCAGAGGGUCAGAGCGAUGAAGGGUGGAAUCAAGUGAAAGACAGAGAAAAGAUCCAAUCAGAGGAGUGGGUGACGGUGAAGGCGCACAUACGAGAGGUGGACGUGGAGCCUUUCGAAUAUAACCUGGACAUCAGCCGAGAGCUGUCCAAACCUCAGAAAGUUGUAAUCCCAGAGCGCUACAUCGAGUCUGACUCUGAAGAGCCUCUGAGUCCGGAGGAGCUGGAGGAACGCUCACGCCGGGCCGAGCGCAUCAAGAACCUGCUGACCAAAUCCAGUGUUCAGAACAUUCAGCCGUCUGCACCGCUGGACUUCAGUGAGCUGGACUCGGCUCUGCAGCAGCAGGAGAGGAUCAGGAACGUGUCUCAGGUUCUGGCCUCUGAGGCGUCACGCAAAAGCAAACUGGUUGCAGCCAGAGCAUCUGCAGAGCACUGACCUGCAGGAACGAGCAACACAACACAACAGAUGAGGAUCUUCCAGAGGGAGAAGGAUCUGUGUGCAACUAACUGAUUCAUCUGUAACCAAUCACUCUUUUUAGACACAUUUUAUCAGAGUUGUGAUUCAGAGUUUGGAAUAAGAAUUUAGUUUUCUUGCUUCUACACUUGCACCACAAAAACUAAGUAACCAUAAUUUAUAACACAACUGAAUUAUUUGUUUUUUAAACUGAGAUGAUCGGCAUUGCUGUUUGGUCUGUAUUUUUACAAGUUUAUACAAGAAAUGAGAUGAAAGCCAAAAACCAAAGUGCUAACACUGUAGUAGGAAUGUUUUGACAUGAACCUUUAUUAUUUAUUGACACUGUUUAUCUUGAGCUGUUUGUUCAGCUUCUACUCUUUCUUUCUUAACUCUGUCACACAAUGACCACCUCCUGUCAAUCAACACAAAUACAGAACACUUUAAUACGAUUUAUAAUUAAAAAAAAACAUGAAAACGGUAAAGUCGUCAUAACAAAUAAAUAUUUGAUUAAAUGUUCAA